CCAUUGCCGAUGAACUUAGCUAACAUAAAAAACAAAUCGAAUUGUUUAAAAGCUUGGUGAUAAUUGAAAGGCAUUCUUAUACGUUAGCGGUGUAAAUUGACUUAACAUACAACAACUCUUUAAAAUGGCUGAUGGAGAAUACGACAAGGAACAAUUGAGAAUCCUUAGGAACGCUUUCAAGGCUUUCGACCACGACGGUGCAGGAACGAUCGAACAUGCUGAUGUAUCCAGCAUUCUUGAAAUUUUGGGCCAGAAAUUGGAACCACCUGCGGUAAAGGCCCUUAUUAAAGAGGUCGACAAAGGAGCAACUGGUAAAUUGGAUUUCAGCCAGUUCUGCAAGCUGGCAGCUCGUUUUAUUGAAGUUGAGGAAGAUGUGGGAGCUCUUCAAAAUGAGUUAAAAGAGGCCUUCCGUGUAUACGAUAAAGAGGGGAAAGGAUACCUGACAGUUGCAACACUAAGAGGCAUUCUUCACGAAUUGGACGAUAAGAUUUCUAACCAAGACUUGGAUUUGAUAAUAGAAGAAAUUGAUGCGGAUGGAUCCGGUACGGUUGAUUUUGACGAAUUUAUGCAAGUGAUGACAGGUUGACCCCGAUUGCUCUUAUUUGACAUGCUGUGCAAAAGCUAUGGCAACCAAUGCAAAAUCAAAAAUUUAUAAAACAAUAUUAGCCAUUGGUACUUAGUCAAAUAUAAUAAAUAGCAUCUGAUUGAAAUGUAUUAGAAUUAUAUUUCUCUUUUCGGAUUUAAACAUAAAUAAAUACAGCCUUUGGCAUAUAAUUAACG